GUGCAGUAUACCUAUAACGUAUAUUGUAACUAUAUAUCAAAGAAGGUAGCUAGAGUUUCUAUCUGGUAUCAGAAACCAUGGCCGAGCGGCGAGCCCGGUCGCCGCCCAAUCGUUUUCGAGUCCGAAUCAGAGAUCAACCUGGUAGCGGCGACAUGUCCACGCGCUGGCCCGAAGGGAUGUGAGGAUAGUUACACAUCCGUUGUCAGCGCAUCGCCGCUUGCAAGUGGUAAGGUGCGGCACUCAACCGCCUCGCUCAUGUUCCCUCAUUUCUCGACCACUCAUGGUCUCCCUCCACGCCCACUUACGGCCUCCCUUCACACCAGACGCCCACUUACGGUCUCCCUUCACACCAGACGCCCCGUCAUCCUCCAGAGCGACAACCUUCUGCCCGAAUACGACCCGCCUCCUGCCUCUAAACGCCCGAACCUCGAGAUCAUGUCGCGUGCUUCGGGCGUCACCUGUGCCUCGACACCAAGCGCCCGCUCGACUGCGGGCAGUAUGCGAUGAGCUGCGCGGCAGACCGCCCGCGAUGAAGUACGCGGAAGUCUGGCUGCGCUGCCCGCGGGUUGAUGGCGCGCAUGACUGCCCACCUGCGGAUACGUUACGCGCAAGCCUGCGCGCCGAGACUACGCGCAAAACUGCCCGCGAAGUCCUUCAGGUCAGCGACGACGGCUCGCGGCGCGCCGCCGGGAUCGGGCGACAUGACAGCGCGCCGUUGAAGCCAGAGCGCG